UUGACGUCACUGCACCAUCAGUUACAUGCAAUUGCUAAGGUUCUUCUUCCUUUAUCCCAUCCCAUCCCAUCUCAUCUCAAAUUAAAAAUUCACUUUCUGAUCCCAUCUAAGUUCAUUUCAGCCACGACGACCAUUCAGGAUGGAUUCAUUUGGGAUUAUGAAAAGGGAUGCUAGAGACUUUCAUCAUGUGUAUGUAAGAAGAAGAAGAGUGGUUCGAGAUCUGGAUUUAAACAUUCCCUUCGGUUCCGAAUCUUCUAUGCUUGAAACUGAUGUUUCGCUUGAAAUCGGAGAUGAUGGCUUUGCUGCUGGAAACAAAUGGCACUGCCCGACUUACUUGAAAAUUGAUGAUGAUGAGCUUUCCAUGCCCAUCAAAUAUUUGAAGAAAUUGAAGUCGAAAAAAGGCAUUACAUCAGCUGCACCUGAAAUCGGUACAAAUAGCAACGUGCAAGCAAAACUUGCAGUUAUUGAUAACCAGGUCUGAACGGGGAACUGAGGCGUCAUCCUAGUGCAUAUUGUUUGAGUAUGGGUAUUAUGGUCAAAUUAAUGGUGAUUAAGACUAAAUUUUCAGAUUACUUUUGUAAAGUAUCAGCUUUGUGAUUCUGUUGGUAUAAUAAAUAUACAGAGGAUUUUAAACAAUUUCUUGUAUCCCUUAUUUGAUGAUUAUUAGCCUGGUUAAGUUUGGGUUCAACUUUAUGGUAUAUGAAAAGAAUUCCUAAUACCGAGCAGAAAGGAAUGAACAGGAGAAUGAUUCUAG